CCACAUCUCAGAAACAAAUACCCAUGCCCCCGUCCCUGAAGAAAAAAAGUGCACUCUCCCGCAGGGUCGAGUCACUUAACAGAAGGGCAUUCUUUCUUGUAAGGGGCCUUUGCACACACUCACGCACCUCCCUCUUCUCCUCAUUUCUCUCUUCACUUUCCCAAUCCGAAUCAACGCCUCAUCACCCACAUAACCAUAACCAUGUCUGAGAGCAGAGGAGAACUCAUCGCCUGGGUCAACGACCUCUUGGGUCUUAGCUACACCAAGAUCGAGCAGUUGGGAUCAGGCGCGGCGUAUGUCCAGAUCAUGGAUUCAAUCUAUGGCGACCUUCCAAUGUCACGCAUCAAGUUCUCGUCAAAACACGAGUACGAGUAUCUGGGGAACUACAAGGUGCUCCAGACCUGCUUCCAGCAGCAUAAGGUUGACAAGUCAAUCCCGACAGAUCGUCUGAUGAAGUGUAAGAUGCAGGACAAUCUCGAGUUCACGCAGUGGCUAAAGAAGUACUGGGAUGCCUAUUUCCCCGGAGGACCCUAUGACGCUGCCGCACGCCGAGGAGCUUCCGGUGAUGUUCCUGUCAGCAACCGAUCUGCAGCCGCUCCUCCUAGAAGAGCCAUGAACAGCUCGAGCAGUGCAGCAAACCGCUCGGUGACAGGGCGCGGCUCAGUAAUGUCGGCAGGGAACACGUCGCUGCGAAAACAGGCUAGCCCCGAUCAUGCAGUCGUGCUGAACUUGCAAAAGGAGCUCCAAGAGGAACGCAACACGGUCGCGGCAUUGGAAAAGGAGCGCGAUUUCUACUUUGGCAAGCUGCGUGAUAUUGAGGUGCUGAUCCAGCAGGACUUGGAACGGUCGUCCGAGAUGGCCGACAGCCCACUUUUGAAGGAGAUCCAGGCUGUUCUCUACAGCACAGAGGAGGGAUUUGAGAUCCCAGAGGAGGACCAGGCGGCGGCAGAGGGUGAAUACCCAGACGAGACAUUUUAAAUGCACAAAAGGCGAUCCGUAGACGUAGCAUUGUUGGCAUCAUUGCGGUUAGGGAGGUGGGAACAUUAAGAAACCAGGAAACCACAAAAAAAAAAAAAAAAAAAAAAAAA